CCAUGAAAAUCGAAUAAAGUUUAAUCGAUUAGUUUGAAAAAUUAUAAUCGAUUGUUGAAUAAUCAAGUAAUUCGAAAACUCCGACAUAUAUAUAAUUUAUUAGCUGCCAUACUCGCGUAUCUACAGUUCAACAUGACAUUUCUGAGAUCCAUUCAAUUAUAUGCCAAGGAGUGGGCUUUCGAUCUUACGCUGCUCGUUAACUUCAGCACACACUGUUGACCAAUGCUUUUAGUUACAAUUUUCCAAUCUUUUUUAAAGAUUUAAUGAGACCGCUGCCUUGAUAUGACAUCCGCUGUCAUCGUAUCUGAUGUCACAAAUGAAUAAGCAUACUACACUCACAAAUUGCUUGCCAAACAAAAGUGCAUAACUAGUCGACUGUCAGGUUUUUACUGAUAAUUGGGUGAGGAAAGCUCAAUAAGCUUAUGACUGAAGCCACUGUAAUUAAUUUUAGAAUUUUUCAAAUCGAAACAGUUUAAACCAGUGAUCUAUUUUACACUUUACUUAGAGACACUCUAUUUAAGCUAUGCUACAACACUCGCGCACUAUAACCUGUUAGCCAAUAAAAGUAAUCACAAAAAUUCUUAAGCGAAUACGCAAUUUGUAAGCUUCUGCGUUACUUGAAAAAUCAAAAUUAAACUUCCGAAACUUUCGAAACUUCCAGAAUCGAAAAUAAAUUUUUAUAAAAAAUUGAGUCUAAAAAAUUUCGCAAAAAAAAAUCUCUAAGGCUCCCUCACAUAGCCAAUGUAAAUAUAAGUUCAAAAUGAGAUCCAUUCAAUUAUAUGCCAAGGAGUGGGCUUUCGAUCUUACGCUGCUCGUUAACUUCAGCACACACUGUUGACCAAUGCUUUUAGUUACAAUUUUCCAAUCUUUUUAAAAGAUUUAAUGAGACCGCUGCCUUGAUAUGACAUCCGCUGUCAUCGUAUCUGAUGUCACAAAUGAAUAAGCAUACUACACUCACAAAUUGCUUGCCAAACAAAAGUGCAUAACUAGUCGACUGUCAGAUUUUUACUGAUAAUUGGGUGAGGAAAGCUCAAUAAGCUUAUGAUUGAAGCCACUGUAAUUAAUUUUAGAAUUUUUCAUAUCGAAACAGUUUAAACCAGUGAUCUAUUUUACACUUUACUUAGAGACACUCUAUUUAAGCUAUGCUACAACACUCGCGCACUAUAACCUGUUAGCCAAUAAAAGUAAUCACAAAAAUUCUUAAGCGAAUACGCAAUUUGUAAGCUUCUGCGUUACUUGAAAAAUCAAAAUUAAACUUCCGAAACUUUCGAAACUUCCAGAAUCGAAAAUAAAUUUUUAUAAAAAAUUGAGUCUAAAAAAUUUCGCAAAAAAAAAUCUCUAAGGCUCCCUCACAUAGCCAAUGUAAAUAUAAGUUCAAAAUGAUCUGAGAGACGUUUAACAACUUUUGGGGUAACAUUUCAAAAAUUUCAAUAAAUACAGCACUUGAAAAUUUCUGCCUUAUUGCAUCCUCAAAAAAAAAAUUGUAAUACCCGAGAGUCGAAACAUGACAUCGGAGUGUAUCUUCUAGCCGUCAAGACUGUUUACUAGACUGCUAGAAUACUUCGAGCAAAGAGGGAAGUCCACAAGUAAACCUAAAAAUAAUUUUGACUAAGAAAUAACCAAAGAAGUAAAUUUCAUAUUCGCGAAUAUUAAAUAGUUGAGUUCUAUAGGUAUGCAAAAAUAUGUUCUAAAUUAACGACAGACAAUUAUAAUGAUUUUGGUGGAACAUUGGGUCACCCACCUUCCGACGUAAUUUCAGGUGUUUUUGUGUUGACUUUUGUGCAGGAGGACGGUUUUUCUUUUUUCGGCACUGGUGAGUAAAUUUCUGUUUUCAUAAAGUAAUACGUAUAGCGUGGAUCAAUUUAUAUUCGAUUUCCUAAAACGUGGUACCAUUGGAAAGGGAUUCAAAACUUUACAAAAUGGCUUUUCGGUUUCCAGUUUAACCUUAUUUUUAUUUUUGUUAAUCGUGAUUGUUUCGAAAUCAUUCAUUAGGGCAGGUUGGCCGAGUAGUAAGUUUAGCUUAGAGCAAAGUGCACUUGGAUAUUCGUGGAUUGUUAAUCUUUUUUUGAACCGAAUUGGAUAUUAUGCUUAUAUUGAUGAUUAGAAGGAAAAAUAUACAUGAGAAAUGAGUAAUGGGAAUAAAUUUAAAUUAUUGACAAAUAGAAAUAAGUGAUCAGAAUCAUAAAAAGUUGGAAAUUGUCGAUAGAAAAUAUGAUUUCAAUAUUUUACGAGUCAAAUGCCAUCAAAACUUUUAACAUUUAGAGUUCCCGAUAGGAUUUGUUGCAGAUAGACCCAACCUCGAACAAAACUUGUCCAUCAGUAAAGAACCUGCUGCAGAUGUAAGCUAUCCGGAAAAUGUCAGACCUCCAAUAAAAACAUUGGAGGAGUAGAAAAAUAAAAUCGCUGGGGUAGGAAAAAGUGGGAGUGAAGCUGAAACAAUCAUGCAAAUAAACUUUUUUUAACUAUUGAAAACGUUUAUUGAUAGGGGAGAGUGUUCGGUUACCGGCACCCUUUUUUAAGCUUUUAACUUCUGACUAAGUGCACAUUAUGCGUGCACAUCCAUUAAUAUACAUUAAUGGAAAGCUAAAGUCCUUAGCUAACAACUGACUAAGAAACUAAGUUGAUUCAAUCGAUUGAACAAACUUUAUUAUCAAUUUAGUAAUGUGAUAAAUUUUGGCCAUUUCAAAAAAGGUGUUCGGUUACCGGCACCCCAAGAAAUUUCGCUUAAAAUGAUAAAAUAUAAGUAAAGACUGCAAUUAUUCAAAGAAAAAACGGAAUUUAUUCUUUUUGGAGGCGUUUGGGACAAAGGUCUUCAUUGCCAGAUGGACUUGGCUCUCUUGGCCGAUGAUUUGGAUGGUGGCGCCUUUGGUGUUGAUUUGGCCGAUCUUCUACCAGCUUCGCGGCAUUGAAUACGUUACUGCAGUCGAAUUUAUUGGCUUCUUAUCCACUAACAACAUUCAAUGGCAUUAAUCAGUGCAUUAAAGUUCAUUUUCCUUGACUUGGACGAUUGACGUUUGAAGUCACCAUGGCUAACAGAACCAGAGGACCAAAGUUUUUACUUAUAUGACAGAUGUAGUGAAGCCGUCAAGUUGUCCACGUGUUGCAUAUCACCAGAGAUGCCAGGUAAUACAAUAAGUUUAGCUAGCAAAAACGAAAAGGUCGCGCCAAUUUUCAAAAGUUUGUAGACUGACGAAUGUCUGCAAACAAUCGAAGUUUCAAAAGUCUGUAAAAAGUGUUUAGACCAAAAUAGGUUUACAUGUUAACUAAGAAAUUCCAUAAUUUACAGACAAAUUUGCAGACUUGGCAUCUCUGCAUAUCACUGCCAAUUUUUCGUGAUAUGUCGAAAAAAAUGGGGUAAAAAAGGCGAACAAUAACUUUGGUUGCGAAAAUUUUGAUAGCAUCUGGUAUUAAAUCACGAAGUAGAUCGAUUUCACCUCAUAAAUAUUCAAUCCACUUACCUUUUCGAUUGAUGCUUUUCAAUUUAUUAUACUAUAAAUAAAAACUUUUGUGUAGAUUUUCACGCAAUAAAAAUUUGUUUUGAGAUCGCCAAAAAGUACAAGCGUCUGUUUGCUUUGGCAUUCGGCACAAAACGAACAUUACACACAUGAUAUUUGUCGGAAUGACGCUAUCUGCUUUCUGUCGAGAGUUACGGUGGGGUGCCGGCAACCGAACAUCUUCCCCUACAUUUGAUGUGAUCCACAUAUUGUUUCAAAUUCGGCCAACCUAACCCGGCUCUGGGGUUGCUUAUUUAUGCAAAUAAAAUAAUUCCUUAUUGAAUUCCAACUAAAAUACAAUAUUUCAUCAGUAUAAGAUACCAAACCAAUUAGUCAUUACCGGCAUACAAGUAAUUAAAAGUCUCAUGUGAGAUCAUCAACUUUUCUAUUCAUUUCCUUUGCUUUGGUAUUCCGACGGAUAUUCACUCGAACAAUCUCAAGUCAGAAUAUUCGCACUGGUGAGUUGAUUUCAACCCUUCAGAGUUUCAGCCACCAGCAGUAAUCAGUGCAAGAGAAGUGUUUCUGAAGAGCGUUCAAGCACUGGAGUUUUCCACUUUGCGGCCCAUUGCCCACAUAAGAACGUUAUUUAUGAACAGCUCAGUUCACUUACAUUUUCUCCAUAUUCUUAUUUUUGUCUUCAACAUAAAGUUUAGGGAUGAUAUAAAAGUUUAGGGAUGAUAUGAAUGCUAGCAGUUCACACUGAUCGAAGAGCUUUGGUAGUGCUGAGACUAUCAGUAAGUGCGAGAUAAUGAUUCUGGGUAAUGUAUCAUUGAGAUCCUGGUUGUAAAGGAUCACUGAAGGUUGCAAGAGGAAGGUUGUUUAAGCAGUUGAGUGAUAGAAGCGUAUAAAUCAUUGUUGAAACCCCCAAAGUUGCCUCGCAAACUCGUUACCAAAAAGUAUAGCAUUACAACUUUCCAAACGUUAAAGAUAUGGGAUUCCACGAGAUUUCUAAGGUACUCGAAUAAAGCCACGUUAAUGAACACUGUGUAUUGUUUCGUUGAAAUAUUAAUGAAAUCAUACUGCCUACACAAAGUAAAAUACCUGUCUGACAUUUACCACAGCCAAAAUGUCAGCUAUCUGCCAGAAUUUAGACGUCCCACACUUUAUGUAGCGGUAUUUGAUGAAAGCCUUUUGGUAAAGAGGCGGUAAUUUGCGGUAGAAAGUUAACGAAAACUGUACCCAAGGUAAGCUUCAUUCCCACGCUUUUCCGUCAACCAAGCAGGAGAAUAUGUUGGCCCACACGCUUCGCAUAAUGAUUUCAUUACAGUUUCAAUAUGAAUUGCGGUUCUUCGUUUCCUUUUAAACAGUUUUACAUUUUAUGUUCGUUAUGGAAGGAUGAAUUAUUCCAAUUUCGAAUACAAAUACAUAUAUGUAUUCAUAAGAUGAACGACAUGAUUAGCUAGGUUCCUGUUAAUCACAGUGUCGGGCAAAAUAAAAAGACCACCAUUGGACAUAGCAUUUGUGAUGAGGAUUGUAAUAGAUAAUUCGAAGGCAUAAAAACAUAUCGAGUCAGGACAAAAGAAUGCUACCAAUGGUUGAACAUCGACUCUAGAAUGAUCGAAACGCAUGGGAAAGGCGCUGAAAAACUUAAAACGAGUAAUUUCACAGGACAGCAAAAAUUCCAGCUACUAGCUAGCUGGCCUUAGAGAGGAACUAUGCUUGAUUUUACCGAUCGUCAAAAGAAUGCUACUUCCGUAAAAAUUGCAUUUCAAUACAGAUUCAAAAAUGAUACUUUAUGCACUACAAAAAACUCCACUUCAAAUUUUUUCCGCUCAAAUUUGGAUAUUUUUUCCUACAGUAAGCAACAUACAAAUCACCAAGGGUAUCAUUUGGAAGGGGUUUUACUUAGCUUUAAAAGAAAAAUAAAAAAAAAUUUGGUCACCUUUUUGGGUAAAUUAACGAGCUUUGCGACGAGUACCUCCCAUCAUUUUUGCACAGUUGAACUGUCAAUCUUAUCAGCCGUCUUUUUCAACAGUUUUCUUCAGGUCAGACGGUGUUUGAUUGAUUUCCUUUUUUCAUCAAUUUACGCUUGACAAUGACCCAAAAAUUUUCGAAUGGUCGAAAAUCUCAACAAUUGGGUGGACUCAUGUUUUGCUCAAUAAAAUAUCAUAGUUCUAAAAUUUCUUAGGAUUCUACCUCAGUUUACAAUGUAUCGUAGUUUUGCAUAUCGUACAUGUUGAGAGUAUUCCUUCAUUGAUGCCCCUUCUAUAGUAUUUGAACGUCACAGUCUCGAUAGAUGUACAUUAAAAUAACGUCACAAUUUACCUAAAAUUACCACCCAAAGUAUGUAAAAAUUAUUUUUCAAUAAUAUUACAGCUAAUUUAACAGAGUUUGAUAUCGAAACAGAUACAACAUUUAAUUGUUUAUGUUAAUAGAUGUAAUAUUCUGUCAUCACCUAAGAAAACACGGCAUUCAUGGGUUUACGUCAGAAGUCAUUUUCAUUUUUUUCGCUUGAAGCAAAACCAACCAAGUUUCCCCAACCGUUGCCACAUGUAUGGAUUCGGGCAGGAACUUGGUUAGUUUUGGAUUCAAACGAAAACGAUGUUAGUCAACGAAAUUCCAAUUGAUACAGAACAGUAUUGAUUUAUAAACUCUAUCCAACUCUAGCAACGGUUGCUAGACUCUGCGAAUUCGAAUGAAUGAACUUAGAUGGCUUCUACGAUUUCCACUGUAUGUGCGAUUUUCGACAGAAGAAUAUCACAGUUCCACUAUAUCGGAUGAUCGUUGCUCUAACUGCCAACGUGUAAUUCACAUAAAACACCUACAGAAUGAAUACCCAACAGCAACUACUGUACUCUCAUUCUUAUGUACAUUUUUCGAAGCGUUGUAGGUAGAGUGAAAGCGUAGAAUUAUAUGCACCAAAGACAGGAAAACAGUCUACUGCCAUAUUCAGUGCGAAAGUCGAGAGAGAAGCCACGGAUGGUCGUUACUCGUUCAUACUUUCAACGCAAAGCUCAUUCGGUCGACAACGUUAGCGAGCAUCGGGUGCUAUUCGGCGUGUUAAACGAUAAUUAUUUUCCAAAUAGUUAGCAUUCUUGUUAAUUUUGUAAAACGGUAUGCGUAGCCUAUGAAAAGAAACGAUUUUAACGAUCACAAACAAUUUAGUGUGAGACCUGCUAGUGUUAUUGAUGUAAGCGGAAAAUUUAUUUGAAUUGGGUUUAGUGAUUACUGAAAUACGAUGUUGUGAAUUUGUAUAACAAUGUUCUUCGCCAGUGUACUAGAUACAGCCGGAGUUACUGAAAGUAUAUCAUGCAUAAAUUAAUAUACUAAGUGAAAGAAUAACUGUAGAAAUACAAUUACAUGGAACAUGAAUCUUUUGUAGCAAACCGCAAAUCUCUCUUCCGCUGCAGUAAUGGUGAAAUGUUAAAUAAAUGAAUAAGUUAUUGAUUUUUGUCAUCCGUCACAUUGCCACAAUUGCUAUGAAAAUGAUUCCGCAGUUUGCCUAGCAGUGCAAAUAGGACAAUCACACAUAACACAUGGCACACCAGGAACAGUAACUGAAUGAGCGAACCAGCAGACAAUCGUGCAUUGAAAACAGCCGUAUACAAGUUUCCCGGUGGUUCACGGUACGUUGGUUGGGCGAGACUAGAGUUUGGAGAUACAACGAAUAAACACCAUCAAUCAUCCCAGUCGGAACAAGUUCAUUCGGAGCUACAGCUCGCGAGGCAGAAACGAGUCCAUCAGCCACGACCGCAGCAGUCCACUAUUACAACAACCAUUCCGGUGGCAAUUGGAAAAGGAAACCAAUUGCCAGUGGUCGUCUGUCCUACUGCUGACCAAUUGCUAUCCAACGGUCAUCAGACAGCCACCGUACCGCUGGUUGCACUUCCGCCUCUGCCCCCGGGGAAACUGCCACGGGAGACCGGCCGAACCGAGGGAGUGACCACAGGGCCGUAUCCAACAAGUGGUCAACCGGUGCCAUUUUCACUGUACAAGACAAUCAAUACCGUUAUCAAAAGCGGUCGCAAAAUAAUCGUACGCGUGUGUGAAGUGACCAAUGUGAAAACAAAGCUGAAAAUGUUCAAUCUUUACUCAACGAUGAACAAGCGGAAUACCGCUGAGGAGAAGGAGGCUCGCGAAAUAGAAACCACCGGCCAUGACCGGUUCUGCCAGGAGCGCCCCUCGAGGACGAGCUAUCGUCGGAAGAAACGAAAAAUGAGGCGUGCUCAGUCAGCUGCAGAGUUUAUCGAAAAUCGUACGGAAGUUGCACCCACUGCUGCCAGCAAACGAAUGUUAUUCAGAGGUCGCUCAGUAAGUUCGGAUCACGACAACUACUCGGAAACGGAACACUCCGAACGUUCUCCUCUGGUCAGUGCCAAACUAGAUUCGCUGGCCAAAUUGCUCUUCAGUCGAAACAUUCAUCAUGAUGGGACCAGCUCUGCCAAAGACAGUGAUUCACCGACAAGACACAAUGUGCGUUAUCAGUACACCGCCCUGGACAGUGGCAUCGGAGCCCCGGACCGAAAUCCCAGGGGACGAGCGGCGCGGGAUCGUGCGUUCACUGCGUGCCAAGAUUGGCUCCAGCACACAGGAGGACGAUACGAAUCGAUAGCGCACUUAGAUGACAUCGGCUCACGACCAAACAAGCACUGGUUUUUGCUGAAUGACUGCACGGUACGCACGGACCGUCUGAUGACACUGCUCCCAUUACCUCCUGAUUGCAUUGCCUUAGAAGAGUUACCUCCGUCCGAAUGUCCGCAAGGCGUUCUCAUGGAGUUGCUUGGUUCGCUUCAGCAUCCAUACAUCUAUCCAGUUCUAGACUUAGGCUUCUUUCCUACCGAAACCAAUCACUACGCGUGUCUCGUGAUGCCAUUCAAUCAACGCGGAAGUCUAAAAGAUCUCAUUUAUAAGUCCCAAUGGAACGAACCAUGGAGCCGUAAAUAUACGCGAAAAUCCACCUGCCUGCCACUAUCACAGGUACAACGAUUGGGACGUCAAAUUUUAGAAGCAUUAUUAUUCUUAAAGGAGCGCGGAAUAGCAUCACAUGGCCAUUUGCACAGCGGAAACGUUAUACUCCAGAACGGUGUGGCCAGAUUAUCCGGCCUGGAAAACGGUCUACUCGGACUGAACUCCCGCGUCAACGCGGUGGUGUGGGCUCACAACACGCCGGACAUUGACAACAUCGACAUAAUCUGCUUCGGCCACUUGUUGUUUGAGAUGUGUGCCGGCUAUGAACUGUCCUCGCCACAGCCGACUCCGGGACACUACCAACUUGAUCUCGAGCGCUACCCACAGGUUAUCGACGUACUGCAGAUGAUAUUCGAAUCACCAGAUGGUCGCUAUCCAACGGUCGAAGAGCUAGUCCUUUGUGAUAUAUUCCGCAAUAUCGAUUUAAGAGAACUGCGAGGAACAUGUGUGCCUUCCUUUAAACAUGGUUUGAGUAGCUCCACAUUGAGCCUGCUGAAUGCCGUACGAAGACGACAGGGUGCGAUUUUAAGUGGUUCAUACAGUGAAGGUAGCUCGCCAUGUACGCCACCGUCGACGCCACGCGAGCGGAAAACUGGUGACGUAGAAUCCUCCGAUCUGUCUAGUAGUGAUUCCGAAGAUCUGUUAGAUGAAAUAGUUAUAGCGUCAGCCCGUAUCGAUGAUCCUGCCCAUUACGACCCACUCAGCUCGCCGAUACAUUACUGUGACAAUAACGUUCACUCGGACGAUAACAGCAAUAGUAACACAAUCAUUCGUAUAGAUUCGAUCGAGUCCCAAGGAUCGACGUCGUCGUCCACUGGCUCGAUACAGCUGCAGCAGUUGAAUCCAUCGUCAGCGUACAAAAAUCUCAAAUCACGCCGCAUGGAGUACAGCCGUCGCGGAAUGAUACUCGGUCUCAGCAACCCUUCGCAAGACUCCGCCUUUGGCUCGAUGACCGACGGCGAGUCGUCCCGAGCGUCCAGCUUUAAGCUCAGUAGCUUCGCUUCAAUGAACUCACCUAUCGAUGAAGGAGUCGAAGAUUUGCUUGCUGAAGGUGGUUCAGAAACAAUCGCGACCACAAUGGCGGGACUAAAAUAUAUCGAUUCAGCUGGUUCCUCACCAUGCCACGAUCAAUAUGCCUCUCUGUCGCCCCGGGAUACUCAACCUGGUCCAUCACGUGACAUUUCACCGAAUCAUACAUCUCGCUUCCUCGAACCACCCAAGCUAGUUAUAAACAAUCAUUCCUUCUCGGUGACUAGCAGUUCUCUGUGUUACACUUCAUCCCCACUCCGCAAAUGUGCCACAACCGAAGUAUUCUCGCAAAAAUAUAGGGUAUCCUCGUUUGAAGACAUGUCCUAUACUUCUCGUAUGGCCAACAAAUCGAUAAAAAAUAGCAGCCGGAAGAUAUUCCGUUCAUUCGAAGAAGAACGCCGAAUUGAUUCGGCUUUUAUGCCGAUCGAUAGCUCCAGCAUCAGUAACCGUAUGAACCAACAGCGACAACAAACGAAACCGCGCCAACAAUCAACUACUCAACUACAACAUCAGAUAUCGCUACCACCCACGUUGACGCCAACGUCUCCAAAACAACCAGCAAACUCCAGUCAGCACAAUCAGAUAGCAAAGAAAAAGAAUGCGUCGUUUCAGAAUCUUCAUAGCAUUUCUUCUGCCGGAGAUAAAACUUGUCAAUGGCGAAAUAAAUUGGUUAAAUCAAAUGAAUAUCUGUUCGAAACGUCAUUCAAUGCGACUUCCUCGUCAUCUACUCAAAGUGAAAUUGAUCGACUGCUGGGUCACGGUAGUUCCACCAAUGAACUCCCUACGUCAACCAACCGAACGGAAACGGAACGCUUUAUCUUGACCCCGGAGCCGGUAGUGAUGAACCCUCGUCGGUCUCGAACCGAUCGACAAGCUUUAUUCAGUUUGGCCAAAUUCAAACACAGUACGAUCCUGGAUAGUAUAUCACUAGAAGACUUCUCCGAAGAAGAAAGGAAGCACACUGCUGGCAGUAUAUCGAACAGUUCAACGAAAAGUUACUCAUCGGAUGACCGGACUACUGAGAUCGAAGCACGGAAACUGGAGAAUUCAUCUGCCGAUGACGGUAGUGACCAGGACAGUAGCAGUAUAACAGAUUCCUUACUUAGGUCUCCAGUACAACAACGAAGUCACAGCAGUAGCAGUGCGACCGAAGUUCGUAAAUAUCUGGAUGACAAUGCUGGAAGUGACGGAGGCUUUGGCAGUGGAAACGAAGAGAAAACGCCUCUUCUCGAAGGCAUGGAACUGUCGCCCAUCUCACCUACUGAGUCGGAACAAAUGUUGUGAUAAUAUAAUAGUUAUGUAAACUAUUUUUCUACAGAUUUUAGCUCGGUUCAAUAUGAAGUACUAGUUUAGGACGAAAAUAAAGAGACGUAAUCUAAUUUAAGCUAACGAAGUGUUUAUGAAAAGUUACCUUUCCGUGUGUACCCGGAUGUCAAGAGAACAAUGGUCACGACAAAAUACAGGUUUUUUUUAGGAAAAUAUAGCAAAAUAUUCUCCAAAUCCUAAUAGCGACAUACUUCAACCAACUGAAAAGUUCAUGCAUGAUAUGGUAGCUCAAUUUUACAGUCACUUCCAUACUAUAUAACUUGUUUGAAUAAUCUCUUGAAUAGCAGAAAAAUCUUCAAAUAUACAUACCAAGUACAAGUCUAAUUGAACGUAAUUGAGAAGAAGUUAUUUUGAAGCGAACUCUUCGAGUUAUUAGUAGUAACAAAUAAUCACAUCCAACACGAAUGUCAAUCAACUACUGUAAUCAGUAUUCAUACAAUAAAAUAAAUGAUAAAACAAAAAGAGCGAUCUAUAUAGCGUAAGGCUGCAGCAUUAAAUGGAAAUCUUUAUAGUUGUUACAGUUUCCGAACAAAUGUCCAGUGAUCGUAUCUAGGCAUAGACAUAGUUCAUAAUUACCAGGGCUGAGGAAGAACUUCCUAUGUUAGACAGAGAGAAUGAUUAUUGCUCGCAUAUGUCGAUUGUUAUACUUUUCUAAGUCUAUCGCUAAACACAAGUCAAGAUGUCUGCUAAGGGAACUGCAGUUUUAGUCAAAAUAUUAUGCUAAUACGAACUGGCAACAGAUAUGCCAGUAAAUUUGGUUAAUGAGAAAUAAAAUCAAUCUUUUGAUUCUAAAACACCUGAUUGAUGUAUUUGUUUGUGUAAAAAUUGUCUGGCAAGUUUAUCCACGAUUCCAAACAUUGCGCAAAGUGGUUAACUUUCUUCCGUGUAAGCAGCUUAUUUCCCUUCAGAGCAUACUAGCCUCUUAUUGUUAAAUAAAAGAUAGCUUGAAUAGAAAAGAUAGACCUAAUGCCGUCCCAGUGAGAUCAAUUACUAUAUGUGCCCUUAAUGUAUCCCUUAAUUAAAUUCCAAAUUUACUGUUUUAUAUUAAAUGGUAUUAAACCUAUUUGCAUAUAAAUUGCUUGAUGAUUAUUUGAGAAAAUAGCGUUUUCCACUAGCUUAAGAUAAUCUAACGCUCAGAUAACCACUAGACGGCACAGACAUUUUUCCAGAUCAAUUUAUAGUGAAAAAGUUGACAUAAACGAACCAAACCAAAUUGAUGCCAGCGCAAUUUUAAAAAUUUUAUCAUAUUCAAAGCAGUACCGGAUUGUAAUCUAACUCAAUAAGACGAUAAAUAUCCCAGAAUCGUGCUAGGUCUACAGAUACAUUUAUUAUUGGGUCCAAACAAGCAACAAAGAUUAAUAUGUUCCCAAACGUCAACUGUCAAAUCGAAUUGCCCAUUUUAGAAUCGUAACAGUAACCGUUUCCCAGAAUGAAACUCACCUCUUGAACUAGGAUGCAGGUUGAAUUUUUCCAUUACUGCUCAUAGAGAAAACGGCAAAAUAAGUCACUUAAAAUACAAUAAUUCAUAGCAGAAAGAAAUGUACUGCGAGCUUCACAUUAAACGAAAUAGGGUAAGUAAAGAUAUCCCAAAUCAUGUUCAAAUAAAGGCAAAAGGGCUAUUCCGUAUUUCAAAUCUUUCCCAACAACAACAAUAACAUUGAACACUGAUAGUGUAAAGUUUUAGAUACACAGAAUACAACAGUACUACUAGAAUCAUCUACGUAAUCAUCAUUGGCGCGAAGACGAUCUAUAUAGGCGACCUUACGUUCUAAAGAAAUAAUUCGUUAGGAAGAUCUUUGACAGAUACAAAGUUCACUCCCAUUAACUUACAUCCCGGAACGAUGAUAAAUCAUAUCAGCAAAAACAACAUAGCAAUAAUAAAACGAACAUCUUUAAACCCGACUAA